AUGGACCGCAACGGGCGUUCAGCGACAUGGACCGUCUUUGUUUUGCUGCCACCUUUUGCCAUGGCCAAUGUUGCCACAGAGCUGCAGCGUUCUUCAUAUCUGGCCGGGAGCUCUGAUCCUGAGACCUACGUGCCAGACCAAACCUUCACCGAUUGCACGGCCCUCACAACGUUCGCCUCGCCUCCCACAGAUGCCAGUGUGACGGCUGCCAUGGACUUCUGCAGUAGCCAGUCUGACUGCGGUGGCUUUCUGUAUGCCUCCGCCAGCGCCACCGCUUUCUGUAUGCCGCAGAGCUUUUGGAGCAACGCCUCGACAAAUGCCAUCGCUUUCGUCAGACAUGUGUACUCCCACGGUUGCGAUCUUCGGCUGACGUUGGAAGAGACCACGUCCACUUCACAAGGAAUUCUAGAGAUCUCUCGUCCAGCAUGUGUCCGCCUCGCCGCCCACGACGCCUGGCGCAGCGCCCCCACUGUGGAGCGGCGCAGCGCGCCGGCGCCCGACGUGACGGUCGCCGGCGCCACGUACAAGGAGGGCGUGGAGAUCUUCUUAAGCGAAGACGAGGCCAGUUCCCAGAGCCGCGAUGGAUCUGUUCACACCAUGAGCGAUGACAAUGGGGUCAUCUACUUCAUGCCAGGGCCCAGCCAUGCCGACCGAAGCCUGUACGCUCAGCCCUUCGAUUUGGAUGGCUAUUUCCCGCUCUACGAGACUGAGGCCGCCGCCCAACUGGCCUCCACGGAAGCAGGUGGCACUGGCAGCGCCUUCUCCGUCGGCCCGGGCUCCAACUACGGCGCCCCAGGCGUGUGGAGCCAAGCGCCGGCAGAUCGACUCUUGUGGAUGCCCUCGGAUGCUGUGAGCCUCUAUUUGGGCGACUACGUGGCUCCCUUCACUCUGGACGGCUACUUCCCGCUCUACCACACCGCCGCCCUGGCGGCCAAAGCCUCCGCCGACAGCGCCAGCGAGGCGCUCGGCCCGCAGGGCGAGCGUGGACACCCGCGCAGCUGGUCGACGGGGACCAGAGACGUGUACUACAUGCCCUCGCUGCCGGGAGGCACCAAGUUCUACGGCAGCUACCCGUCGGCGUCACCGGUCAUCAGCUACGCCGCGGUCGUGGACGUCGCCGGCCUUGGUGGAGGAGCGUCGGUGGACGCCACCUCAGCAGGGAAGAGUGUGGAAGCUGAAAGGAACUUUCCGCACACUGCGGCAGCCGCUGCUUUGCUGAGCGCUGCUCCGGCUUCUGCCUGGUUCGCGCGGUGA